AUGAAACUGGAUGAAACAAUACAGUCCGUCAAUGCAUGUGACGAGGACAUUGAGAUCUCGGAGAACUUCACAUACCUUGGUAGUGUAUUGUGUAACGAUGGUGGGACGAGCCAAGAAGUUGUGCGGCAGAUUGGUCUGACCCACAGCAUUAUGGACUCACUCAACAUAAGUAUUUGGCGUUGUCGGUACCUGUGCAGACGGACGAAGAUUCAGAUCUUCAAGUCGCUGGUGAUCCCAGUCUCACUCUACGGUUACGAGCAGGACUAUAGAUGCCUUCGCAGAAUCAUGAGGUACCACUGGUAUGACUUUGUGUCAAAUCAGCGAUUGCUGCAUGAGACUGACUCAAGGCCAAUUACCAGCAUAGUCAAUCAAUGCCAACUGCAACUAUAUGGGCAUGUUGCACACUAUCUGGAAGCCGAUCCUGCAUAUCAGGUUGUCUCCAAAAGGGAUAACCCAGCAUGGAAGAGGCCAAUGGGACGUCCACAGAACUCAUGGCUGUGGAUCCCCCAAGGCGAAGGAACUCUCCAUAUUGGAGAUUUCAAUGUUCACCAUGAACUCUGGCUAUCCUCUCCCUUCACUGACCAUCCUGUCGAACUAGCCUUCAACUCUGCCAUAUGUCUCUAUGACCUAGAGCAACUGUUUUCCUGA